AUGUCGACCGUCACGCCAGAAGUCACCUGGGCCCAGCGCUCAUCGACCAGCGACCCGGAGAAGAACUACGUCUUCGUCACGAUUGUCGCGGCCGAUAUCCCCGAGGCGGACCUGAAGCUCGACCUGCAACCCACAAAGCUCACCUUCAAGGGCGCCUCGACGUCCAAGAAGGUCACAUACGCCAUCGACCUCGAGUUCUUCGCCGAGAUCGACCCCAAGGAGUCCAAGAUCCAGCACAGCGGCCGCGACGUCUCGCUGGUACUGCGCAAGAAGGACCUCAAGGAGGAGUACUGGCCCCGUCUGCUCAAGGACAACAAGAAGAUGCACUUCCUCAAGACCAACUUCGACAAGUGGGUCGACGAGGACGAGCAGGAUGAGGCGCCCGAGGAGGACAUGAACCAGAUGAAUCCAAUGGGCGGUGCUGGCGGCCCUGGUGGUCCCGGCGGCCCCGGCGGCGACGGCGGCUUCGGCGGUAUCGACUUCAGCAAGCUCGGCGGCGCCGGUGGCAUGGGCGGCAUGGACAUGGCCAGCAUGAUGGCCGGUAUGGGCGGUGGUGGCAUGGGCGGCAUGCCUGGAAUGGGCGGCAUGCCCGGCAUGGCUGGCAUGGACGGCGGCGAGAGCAGCGAUGACGACGACGAGGACAUGCCCGCGCUCGAGGACGACGAGGACAAGCCUGUGGCCGUCCCAGCCGCGGCAACCGACAAGCCCAAGAUUGAGGAAAUUGCUUAG